CCGGACUCUUUUCGGACGUGGAUGCUGCGUCAACACGACCCCUCGAGAGUGGGAGGUAUUCCGGCGUGUUGUAUGACAGCUUCCGGCAGAGUCUGGAUGUUGAUUUCCUGCGUUUGUCGCCGUGUUGGGCUCAAAGCUGAGCGAACUCCGGAGGAGUAAGGAGGAAUUCUAGUGUUUGCUGCGGUAACCUGAUCAGCCCGCCAAGAUGGCGAUGCAAGCGGCUAAAAGAGCGAACAUUCGACUUCCACCUGAAGUAAAUCGGAUUUUGUAUAUAAGAAAUUUGCCUUACAAAAUCACUGCUGAAGAAAUGUAUGAUAUAUUUGGGAAAUAUGGACCAAUUCGUCAAAUCAGAGUGGGGAACACACCUGAAACUAGAGGGACGGCAUACGUAGUCUAUGAAGACAUCUUUGAUGCCAAGAAUGCAUGUGAUCACCUGUCGGGAUUCAACGUUUGUAACAGAUACCUUGUGGUUCUGUACUAUAAUGCCAACAGGGCAUUUCAGAAGAUGGACACAAAGAAGAAGGAAGAACAGUUGAAGCUUCUCAAGGAGAAAUAUGGCAUCAACACAGAUCCACCAAAGUAAAUGCUUUCUGCAUUUUCAUUUUGGACUGAAACCCCCGUGAAUCACCACAACUAGCCUUUUUUCGUUUUUAAUUGAUACAGAUCUUGUAAUUUUUUAUUUGAUGUUCCAAAUGACCUGCCUGAAACUUUAAUACAUGUUAGAAGAUAUUGUUAGUAAACAUGUAGCUUUUUGUAAAACAUGCCAGUGUUUUCUGUUCAACUUUCUCCUGUGUGAUCCCAGGGGGAGAAAAACAACAGUUGAACCAUAUCAGGAAUUAUUUGGUGGGAGGUGGUCCUGGAGGCUGGGCCAUCUGGGAGCGUGCCCGAGUGCUGUCGUUGGUCGGCUGUUAGUGACGAAGUCUUCCUAACGACCCACUGUGGGAAGACAGCUCCACCUUGCAGAGACGGGGCUGAGGCUCACGUGGGUUCAGUAAAUAAAAUGCUUAUGUGAAAAGUU